UAAAGUCUUUGACUACUGUUGGAAACUCGGACUUCCAUUUCCGUCUUGUAGAGAGAGCAUGUAUCUCCUGGUUUUGUCCUGAAUAUUGUGCUAUAGCUGAGAGGUUCUAGUGUCUGUUCCUGCAAGAGUAUUUAAAAGGUUUGAGGGGAUAUAUUUCGGUACGCUGGUAUUAGAACUUGCGGUACGUUUGUCAUGGCCCGCUAUCGUGAGUGGAAUUUGUCUUGCAAAGUAUAUGUUGGUAAUCUUGGAAAUAAUGCAUCAAAGCAUGAAAUUGAAGGUGCAUUUAGCAAAUACGGGAUGUUAAGGAAUGUUUGGAUUGCCCGAAAUCCACCGGGCUUUGCAUUUGUGGAAUUUGAAGAUCCUAGAGAUGCAGAAGACGCUGUUAGAGGCCUCGAUGGAACGAGGUUGUGUGGAACAAGAGUGCGUGUUGAAAUGUCUACGGGGCGCACUAGACGAGCUGGAAGCAGCAGAAGAGGGGGCCGCUAUUCCAGGUCACGUUCACCCGUUCGGCGAUCACAUAGUCGUUCGAGGUCAAGAAGUCGGUCACCACGCCGGUCACGUUCAGCAUCUCGAGACAGGCGCUAUUGAGUGUCCUUAAUUUUUAUUAUAUAUCGAUACUUCUCUAUUCGAGUAUUGCUCAAUGUGUUCUAUUGCUUUCUCACUAUCUUUUAAGUGUUAUAAAGAAAAGGUAUACUUUACUCUCAUAGCUUCAGAACUUCCUGUGAAGGGCUGAUCUGAAAAAAGUUGAGGACCACUUUGUUUUUUUGACCUUUCACGAGAAUGUAAAGGUACCGGGAGGUACAUAAUGUUUUUAUUGAUUAUUUUUGUUCAGUUCUAUUUGGCUUUGUUUCAUUUGUAAUACUUCAUCUUCACAAUAAAAUGGAGAAGAAAUAAAAUCA